AUGAACCGUAAAGUGUGCACCACAUGCCAGGCUAGAGGCAAGACGUGUGCUUAUGGCCAUUCUAUCAGUGCCGUUGUGAAGCAAACGACGCGUAACCCUCGUGGGCCAGCAUCAUCAGUCCACAAGCUUGUUCCAACGCUGGUCUCCCCCUCAUCUUCGGCCACUUCAUUCGAAGUCCAACCGGAGACAGUGACCAGAACACUACCUAUGGCCGAUUCAACACCCGAUCCUCGCCAUGUGGAUAAAGAUCCACAGGCAGAGGCUGACCUGGAGCAAGACCGGGCAUACUAUACCGCACAUGGGCGGUUUGCCGGCCAGGUCGCCGCCGCCAUAGACUCGAGGGCAGGGCUCGCCCUUGCCACCUGUCAUCAGGUCCCACUAGUAGACGCCCCAUUAUUUGGAGAUUUUGACCUAUCUUCUCAAUCUUAUCUCAUAUCUUCGCCGACCGAGUUGCCUCCCCGGGCAUAUUCCGAUCAACUGAUUGACAUAUAUUGGCGAUAUGUCGACCCUAUGGAGCCUGUGUUAGAUCGCCAGCGUUUUUUUGAGAACUAUGGAAAAGCAUAUUCAACACCAAUAACACCACUCUACGCAAACUAUAACGUUUGGUUUAGUAUUCUCAAUCUAGUCUUUGCCCUGGCAGUUCAAAGACAAGAACAAAACCCGCUACACCAGAGAAACGAGGAAGGGCAGUGCUUUUUCCGGCGCGCAUGGGCCCUGCUUCCAGCCGAAUCUAUGCUAUGGGAACCUGGAUCACUCGAGCUCGUGCAGUGCUUGAUGUUGAUGAAUCGAUACCUCCACUGCACCAGCAAUCAGCAGAAGACAUGGAUGACAGCAGGGCUGGCUAUGCGAAUUGCGCAGAGCAUGUGCUGCCAUAUCGCCGAUGCGCCUUCGUCAAAUGGUUCUACGGACGACAAAGGUCUGAAACAGAAAGUAUGGGCUAGCUGUGUUGCGCUCGAUCGAUGCAUCUCCUGGUCGCUGGGUAAGACGUCGGCAUUGGUGUUAAUACCAUCACCGCCAGCCAGUAGCUCCCAACAAGUAGGCCGAAACCCGUUGCAUAAUAACUGUGUGUUGGGACUCCACGAAAUUGGGGAUCAAAUUCAGUUGGCGCAGAUACAGACGCGGACUAGCCUUGCAGCCAGAUUUCGCCCUCCAUUCCUAUCUCAGCAAGCCGAGUACCAUAACUCGGCAUUGCAACUAGAUGCAUAUCUUCAAAAUUGGGAAAAUAGUCUCCCCAGCGAUUGGCAGUUGCAGAACCUCAGAACGGUUGCCGACAGGUCGUCCCGAGCUGAACGGUACCUGCUUCAUCUUCGGUCAGCCAAUAAUCCCUUACCCUCACUAGAGUCGAUUUUUACAGUUCUAUAUAGCUACCUCCACCACCGAAUCUUUCUAUACAGACCCAUGCUCGCCCGCUUCUACUCAAUGAAACCCGAGACCCACCCCUCGCCAAAAUCACCAAAUCUAAGCCACCGUCUCCUCGGUGAAAGCGCCAGCAUGUGCAUCGAAGCCGCGCAACAGGUGGUUUUAUUAGUUCAGGAAACACUCGAGCCAGAUGAGCCCAUCGGGCUUCUCCCGUGGUGGUACAGGAUAUACUACCUUCACAUCGCGGGUGCCACCUUCCUCGCAGCCAUGUUCCGAUCUGAGCUAUUCACAGACUCUGUUUCCCAGUCUUGGAAAGGUGUGCUGCUGGCGCUCCGCAUCCAUGAACACUUGAGUCCCUAUGUCCAGCAAUGUUUGUGCACAUUUGAGACCCUUGCGGCUAGGAUCACGGGCAAGUCUUACACUAGUCUGGGUGUCAGUGGGUAUGGCUCGAUGGUAGAUGAGUCUGCGGGUGUAUGUUUCGAUGAUAUUUUCAAGGGUGUCAACUUUGACUUUGACAAUUUUAUAUUUGGGCCUGAGGACUUCGGGGAAGGAUUGGUGUAG